AACAGGUAGAAUAAAGAUCUCGAGCUUGUACAAGAUGCGGCAUUAGAUGCCAGUUUUGAAUUCGAUCUCGACUUUCUCUCUCAAAUCGAGGCUGGCCCAGGCCAGGGUCGGAUGUCCCAAACUCCCUUCACAAAUCUCUUCACAAACGACAUUCCCUCAGCAAACCCGAACCAAAUCUUUAGCAAUGAUAUGCUCGGCCAAGAAUACGAUUUCCCUCACAGCCUCGAGACACCAAAUGCUCUUUCAACCACACCAGAAAUGAGUAUCUCAUCCAACGACUACGAUCAACCAGCCCCUCACGAUCUCUACAGUCUUAACAUUCCUGGCCAGGAAACCGAUCUAUCAAACAACCUCGAAACGAAUUCCUAUGAACCAUCAUCCAGCCAAGAAACGAGUUUCUCCUCCGCCUCCACAUCCAACGACUUCUCCCACGACAGCCACAACCCGAGCGAGAUCUUCGCCGGCCCAAAACCAAGACGCAGCGAGGAAUUCGAAAUCAACCACCCAGACAGUGAAGCAACACACCUAACCACCCAUCCACCACCAUCCAUCCAAGAACUUCACACCUCUUCCCCCUCCAACCCCCCCUCUCCAUCCUCACCCAGCGGCAGCCACAUCUCACCAGACCGCCACCCCUGCCUGCACUGCCCCCGAACCUUCAAGCGACCAGGCGACGUCAAACGGCACGAGAAAGUGCAUAUUCCCAGCCAGAGACGCUUUCACUGUUGGCAGGUCGGGUGCGAGAGGAGGGGAUGGAGGGGCUUUUAUCGGAGGGAUAAGUUGAGGGAUCAUGUUAAGACGGUUCACGGUUUAUAGUGCAUGGGUGGGAAAGGCGUUUUUCUAGAGGAUGGAAAGUGGAUAGGGUGGAGUUAGAGAUGGGAUAUUUGGUGUUUGUUGUGGGAGAAUGGAAGAGCAUGCAUGAAGGGGUGGAGAUGAUAGGGGCCAAAAUUUAUUGAAAUCUAAUCA